AUGUCGGAACCGUUUGAUUUUCGGAUUGAUAUUGAUGAAUCGCAAAUAAAUCCGAAGGAAGUUCCUUUCUGGUUAACGGUAGCUUCCGUUAUACUUUUCUUGGCAUGGGGAACAUUUGUAGUUCUGUUUUUCUCGAGGAUCAGUGCUAUAUUCUUCACUUUUGUGAUUGACAAAUAUCUUCGGCUAUCCAAAAAUGGAAUCCACUUCAGGAUAGGAGGAAUAUCCAUCUCAGGCUUACACGCUGGAAAGAUUAUGUUCCGAAAUGUAAUAUAUGAUAAUGGGGAUAUGACAAUGAAAGUGAGCGAUGGACAUGUAUUGUUUAAAUAUUGGAGAUCCGUCGAACAUAGACAUCUUAAUCUUUCAACAAAAAGAGCAUCUAGGCUACAUCUAGUUCUGCACGGGUUACAUGUAAAUAUCUACAAUAAUUUAACGAAAUAUACAGAAAUUGCUCGGAUUCGUAGAUUUGAUUGGUUUUUCGAAAAUACUAAUAUGAACGAUGCAAAACGACCACAGAACAAGCCACCAGAUACUUUCAGUUCACCACCAUCUUCUGUCUGGGAAAACAUGUGGAAUCUUCUAGGAGUUGUACACGUUGAAGUGUCGGCUGGUUGUGUUCUUGUUGGAAACAAAUAUCUACCGUAUGCACUUUGGACGCGCUUUGAAAAUCUAAACAGUAAAACAAGUGUAUCAGAAUCAGCAAACGAUCGUGCUUUGUUAACAUUUGAUGGCGAAACCGAGAACGUGGCCAUAUCUUUAGUGAAAAACGAACAAUUUCAAUUUACUGCAAAAGAUAAAGAGCCCCCAAGAACGACUGGCAAUGACGGAUGUCCUAUUCUACGUUCAGCAUCACUUGAGUUCACUUACAAACAAGAUUUAUUGGGUUACGUGACAGAUGAUGAACCACAAAGUAUCACAUCAAAGUUACCUCUGUGGUCUUCCGAAUGGCGAUUCGGGAACAACACCGUCUUGUCGUACGGUCCAUGGACAGAACAACAACGAUUCCUAAUUUAUUCGUUUUUCUACCCUCCUGAUUAUCAAAAUGUGUCACCAACAGUCAUGCCAACGAGAGGACAGAAAAGAAUACACAUAAAACAUGAUGUGAAAGUUAUUCUGACAAAAGAAACAUGCAUGGAUAUUUGGUUCAUGAGGGGAGAACAACUUGAAAGUAUUAGAACUCGAUGUGGAGCUCAGAGCAGUCUCGAUAUGUCUAUUCUGUGGAUUACAACUGAUAAAGGUUUCUAUUGGAAUAUGAAUGCCGAAUUUCUGAACUUCGAAGCCACUACAUCACUGGUGUUUACCAAGCUUCUUACAUGUCAAAAGUUCAAUGUGAAUGGUAGUUUUGUCUAUCCUUUGACAUGGAAUGGAGAACAGUCAUGGACGCUCGAUUAUACAUUCACAAAAGCUGUUGCUUGGUUUGUCUGGGAUCACAAACGGCUUUUCACUGAUCUUAUCAAUGAUUGGAUUGGUGACGAACCUUCAGAUAUAUCGAAAUUCGUCCCGUUUCGUGUUCAUAAUCAUAUGCGAGUUGUGGAUAGUUUCGAGGUGAUUCUGCUGCUGAAUGAGUCAAACUGGGUGGAUACAUCUGAUAUGAAUGCAGAAAACGUUGAAGUAGCUAUAGUUGGAGAGAAACUUUCAUUCGAUUGUGAGCUUCCAUUCGUCGAUUUCUUGCCACAGAUACAAUCAAUGAAGUAUGAUUUGAAAGGAGAAAAAGGUGUUGCAAUGAGAGCAAAGUUCCCUCCUGAUUCUGCCACUGAGCCAAUGCGAGCUGCAUUAUUACGACUUGCAAGAUGCAAUUCGUACGCUCCACCUUCCAAUCAUGGAACUCAUUCUCUCGAUAAAGACACAUGGUUUGAACUGUGGAGAACAGAACUAGUGAAAAUGGAUUUUGACCAUCGUUAUCGUCCUCUAGUUGUCAAAUCGAAUAUUCCUUCAGAUAUUCCAUUCUCAGUUCUUUCCGAUUACCUACCCCCGCCAGCCAAUCACCCAUGGGAUCUCGAACCUGAUUUCCUCGGUGUGAAUAUUUUGAUUGAAGGAAGUGAUGUCAAAUUCACCGGACUUUUGGUUAAACUCUUAUUCGAACUCAAAAACAAUUACUUCGGUUGGUAUGAUUCUAUAACAUCAUUGGAUGAUGAAACGAAUAAAAUCAGUGACCCAGUGAAGUUGAAAGCAUCGUUUGAUAAAACCAAUGCUAAUGAUAUGAAACCAAUUGAAUAUUUCCGAACAAUGGAUGUUGAUGUUACAGUGCGUGUGUGCAACAUUCGUGCAGAAAUGCUCGUUUAUUCACCAGCAGUCGAUGAAGGAGCUGAACCAGAAAAAGUUCCAGUUGUUUUUGUUGAAGAAGUUGCAGUUGAAGUAAAGAAAACAAAAACUGAAGCCCUCAUUCAAGUUGGAGUUAGUCCGGCAUGCGCUUAUUUAGAUCCAUCUAGUACUGGAGCAGGCCCCGGAUGUAUUACACUUUCUGGUUUCCAGUUCAGGGGACACGCAAUGUAUUCUUCAAAGGACGUGGCUUGGAAUAUGGGACUUGUUGAAUACGGCUGGAUCAUGGAGAUUCUAGUCGGGGACAUUGCAGGAACGCUCGAUUUCCCUGCACACGCAAUCGUGCUCCAUCAAAUAAUCGAAUCUCUUCUCAUUUUCGUGAUAUCUCCAGAUGAUGCAACCAGAGUUCCUGAUCGUAUGCAAUUUUGUCAACAUGGACAGUUAAUCACGGCUUGCUCAAUAGCCGGAAAGAAAACGAAUGAGUUGUUAGGACCAUGUCAAACGGAAGAAGAAAUGAAGUACCGACAAAUCAGAGUAUCUGUAGAUUCGGUUAAUUUGACAUUUGUGGAGGAGAAAACUAUUCUUCAAGUAGUUGCAGAUCCUGUCCGAGUCACUGUGUGUAAUGCUCACGAAGGACGUUUCACCGAGCACGUUUGCGUGAGAGUACCUGGAAUUUCGAUUCGUCAAGCUGUUCGAAUAAGAGAAAAACCAGAAGUUGUAUGGAUUGAAGGAGCAAAUGCCGCUAUUGAGGGUAUAUCUCUCGAUAUUGAACUGCCUGUCUCGAAAAAGGCUUCUCCUACGAUAGGGAAAGAUCGUCUUCAUUUCGCGAAGCUACAUGAUGCCGAUACCAAACGAUUACAUUUUCUCUGGGAAGAUCAUUCAGUCUGGGGUUGUGCUUGUUUUGGAAACACUUGUUUUUUUGGUGAUACUGAUGAAAUCGGAUUAUCCUUUAUGGAGACAAUGAAGAAAAAGAAAUUCUUCGUUCCUGGCAUAGAGAGGAAUGCCGAGAAGCAGCCACAAGUUUUACAAAGUGUAAUUUUGAAAAACAAGUCGAUGCUGAGCGAGCAAGAACACAUGUUCUAUAAAAGACCAAACAGAAGAGAUACAACCAUUAAUAUCCGGAAACAAUCAACAGAUGACACUGAAUCAUUCCAUUCGGCUAAAUCUCAGCAAGCUCCUGGCCUUCGUAUACUCCAAUCUAUUGAUAUGACAAGCAGCUACGCGAAGUUUGUGGACAAUGUUAAAGUUGAAAUGCCGUCAUCCGUGACUGUUCCAAAGUUUGGAGAGCCUGGAGCCAUUCUAGAAUGGUGUCAAGCUCACCCAGCAACCAAAAUUACUCACGAUGUUGCAACAAAAGGCGUAAACGAAUUGAGAUUUCCUACAAAGACUCAGAAAUCCAACAAUGCAUUCAGUGUCGUUGAUAAAAAAGAACCAGUUGAACAAGAAGUGGAAUACGGUACUACUCGAGAGGUUGUUGGCAAGCGUCGUCUUGCUAUAAGUGGAGUUGCCGCAACAUCUUUUGAUGUGUUUGUAACUCCCAUUGGAAUUGAAGGAAUCGAACGGUUUAUCACAGCCGCAAGUCACACCAUCCCAGCUAUCAACCCAUGCAUUCUUGUACAUAUUUGUUACCGGGAAUGUGUUCUGAGGAAACACCGGCAACCUCUCACAGAAAGUUUAUUCGUUGAUGAUGAAAAUGACUCUGAUCAUCUAUCCGAAGUUGAUAUAACUGUAGAUCUUCCUCGAGUUACAAUUGGAUUGUUUCAAUGUGGUGUCAAGAAGAAUGUUUUCAAGACAAAUAGUACUGAUCACAUCACUGCUAAUAUGGGACUAUUUCUUAUUGAUCGUGCUUUCAUACAAUCGAAGCUUCCAAGAGAUACUAUUGGAAAUGCAUUCUCUGCAGACAAUUCGAAUCUAGCCAGUACAUUGUAUCAACUGAAAGGUAGCGCUAUUACUGUUCAGCUGCUACAACUAACGAACCGAGAUGCGCCGGACUUCGGGAGUAGUGGAACCUCUUCUACGCCUAAUAACUGGGAUCAAUGCGCGAUCUCUCGAAGAAUGAGCAAUUUGGAACCGAGAGUAAUGCUUGACUUCAAUAUUUCCGACACUUCGAUCAUUCUCGAACGACGACCUGUUAUCGUUCUGGUCCCAGGAAAAUCGACAACCACAAACACUCCAAUAAACUCUCCCGCUUCUGCUCCUACACCUACACCCACACCAGUCAACAAAACAUCGAUGCUUAUGUUGACACCGGCAGUCGGAGCGGAGACAAUUCCAGUGAAACGGAAACAAAGGAUUCAUUGCGAACACUAUCUCAAAGCGGAAAUAGGAUCAGUCACAACUUCUCUUGUUAUGGCUCGUCCACAAGAACUGACUGCAGGCGACGAGUUCCCGAUUUAUGAAGCAUUAGCUCCAGUUAUGGUGUCUUGGUUGAGUGUACUGGAUAACUUUCAAAGAACUGUCGACAAGACGAUACACAUUUACGAAUGCUGGAAAAAUGUUGCCAUGGUAAAAAUUGUAAGACUCGCCUACGAUGCACCGGAGAAAAAAGUGGAUGUAAAAAUAGGAAAAAAUAGAAUGGAGACGACAAGAGUUCUCGCUGCACAUCAGUCUUCUUGCCCUUCCUGUUUACUAUUGAAAACACUUUUCCGAUGGUUCGCUUAUGCUGAGAAAGCUCCGGAUGCUAUAAAACAUCGUCUUGAAAUUCGACCCGAGUUCGAAGUAGAAGAAACAAGAAAAAUAGCUCUGAUGUCGGUUCUCAGUCAUUGGCAGCUAUGUGUCUCAAAACAGCUGAAACUUGCUUCUCUCGAAGAUGCACACAAGUUCAAAGUGGCUCGAUCCGAAACAGCAUUAUCUGCUCUCGUGCGGAGUGAAAGAAGAAGAGGGAAGAAAAUUUCAGUGAAGAAGAUUCCUAAUAAAAGAGAGACUCGAGUUGUUAUGGAAACGAAAACUGAACAGCCAAAAGCAAUACUAGGAAAAAUGUCUCCAGCUCCGUUCAUAAAUAAAUUUCGGAAGCAAGCUGGCGAUGAAGAGAAUUCAAUUAAAUAUCUCGAUGAUUUAGAAAUGCAAGAGCUCGGAACCGGUGUGAAAUCGUAUGAAGAAGAUGAUGACGAAGACAAUCUGCAGUUUGAUGAUGAUUUCGACGUGGAGCCUAAAAUAGAUCAUAAAGUUGAUUUGUACACGUGGAUGCGAAAUGCUCAAAGAGAGUCUACAUUGCGCCGAAGGAAACUUGCUGGAGGGAAUGAGGCGAUACCAGUUGAUCUAAAUGCUAGUGGAGAUGUGAACAAUAUGGACAUUCAACAAAAAGCUUAUUACUAUAAUAUAUACAGAUGGGCACAGCUUCAGUGGACUUCACUCGAUAGUAUUGACAGAGAUUAUUGGCAUUUGGAGUAUUCAAUUGAUCUGAAAGAAGUUGAUAUUCGGAUGAUGGCUAAAAGCAUAAAGAGUUCAACCGAUCAUUCAAAGCAGUUUAUAACACCCGCACAGCAAAAAGUGAUGCAGCUUCGAGGAGCAAGAGUAGAUGGUGGAGUCAUAUGGAAAAUGGAAAGAGACGAGAGAAAAAAGAUUCCACUACACGGACAGUACAACGUUAAUUAUAACGCUACAGUUGAAAAUAUUCGUUUUUUAAUUGGUAUGGCUACAGUGUCUCUUGCAAAAGAACUGUCAUUAGUAUUUCGAGUCGCAAUGGAAGCCAAGAACGAACUGAAAUUGAAUGCAACAGCAGAAUCGACUCCAAGGAAUGAAGUCAAAGUCUUUCCACCAGCGAACACGGGAUACGAUCUGUCAGCUGAAUGGGACGAAAAAGUGUUGGAUAUGAUACGAACAUAUGAAAAGAAUAAGCAAAGAAGUGCCACCACAGGAAUGGAGAAGGUGAAAGUUAUGGUGAACGGAAAGACGGUUGUUUCGUCAGUUGUUCUGGAAUCGGUUCUCAACGAUCUAUACGUAUCUGUCACAAUAUCUCAGAUUGAUUUGACCCAUUCUAAAAAUCCAAUGCCCGAUGUCCCUGUUGCUCUUCAAACGUCUGUUACGUUUUCCACUGCUAACGAAGAAAAGAAAAAUGCUACUUUGACAAAGAAGUCUCUUUCUUCCACUUUCAAACUUGAUGAUUUGACAGUUUCGAUAACAAAAAUGAAGCUGACUCUAUCUGAAGCCGACAGCACAAAUAAGAAGUCUGAUAUACUGCGUUGUACUCUUAAUUCUAGCUUUUUCAAUAUCCAUACUAAAAUCAGAACUCUCGGAUCGGCAAAAGAAGCUAAUCGUUCAAGCAACUCUCUCGUCGCCAACAGCAUUGCCACUACAGCAACAUUACGAUUAGGAGCUCUGGAUGGAAACAUGCCGAUGGCUGCUUAUUCUUUACAUGAUGUCGUCAUGAGACAUGGAAAAGAAUUGGAGCAACAAUUGAAUCGCCUGGCUGCUCAACCUGCAUCCACUCCUUUGAGCAAUUCAACACCAUUCCCAAUUGUCGAUCAACCACUUCUCACAAAAGUGACUGAUCCCAAGCACAUCGCUAGUGCUGAGCCGUCAGUUGGCAAUCUUAAAGAGUUGAAGCCAUUUGCAACUACCCCUGUAUCUCCCGCAGUAGCCUAUUCUACUGGUAUGAAGAUCAAUGGACAUAUGGCUAGGAAAGUCCCUGUUGCUGAAAUUACUUUUAGCAUUGAGCUAACAAGUAUAGAAAUGAAUAUUCAACUGCUUCCAAGUCUUCAAGCAAAGUAUAGGAUCAACAGAGCAACAAGCAACGGCAUAACUGGAGUGCAAGCAAAUUGGUCCAUUCUUCUGGACGAACACUUUUUCGAGUUCUGUGUUACUGGCCAAGGCGGGAAGACUGAAACGUUCAGGCUACUGUUGCCUUCUGUGAGAUCCGACGGAAUCUACCAGGCUGAACAAGGGAACUCGUCACACAAGCCAAGUACUGAUAAAAAACUCAUUUAUCGAGAAGGAGGCAGUCUUCAGAUGUCAGUAGUUCUAGGAAGUGUCAAUCAUACAUUCACAACCGAGUUGUUGAAUCAGUUGAUGUUUGCAGAACAUUCUUUCAGAACAGAACUCACUGCACUUAUCAACAGAAUUCGGUCAUCUUCUUAUGUGUCAAGUUCUACUAGAUCUCCGAUGAGCAGCCAAUCUUCGAACGACCGUGCUAACUCGACGGCUAACCUGAAACUCUUGCUGCCAGCUCAAAAUUUGGCUCCAGUUCAUGUUGAAAAAUCUCCACUUUUAUUUUCAAUCAAAAUUCGGACAAAGAAUGCAUCGAAUAGAGAAAAGGAAAAGAAUGAGAAAAAGGAAAAAGAGCGAAAAGAGAAGGACCCGAAGACACCGAAAAGUGGAAAUCUUGGUGGCACUGAUCAGUCCUCUUCAUCGGUUCUAGAGAAAUCAACACCAUGGUUGCAAUUAACUGCAGCCACUCCAACACAAACUGCAGUGCGCCUUACCAUUGACAGUCUGGAAGGAGAACUGACAAACAAAUGGGUUGUGAAAGAAGAAGGAUCAAAAGAACGGAUAUAUGGAAACGCAGUAAUUCAUUUCAAUGCUAAACUGGGACAGAAAAUUGAUGGAUCAUCAACGUCCGAUCUUCAAGAGUUUGCUACGUUCAUGACUCAAGUGCGCGUUGAAAACAAAGAGCGAAACAUGUUUAACAGCUCAUAUUCCUACCACGUGUCAUUAAACCGUCCGAUAUUUUUGGUGAAGGCUGCUGCUAUUGACAAAGCUAUUCUACUAUGGCUGAACUACAAAAACACAUACGAUUACUGGAGAAACGAACGUGAGAAAGUAGUUCAGGAAAAGACAACGAAAAAAUUGUCAAAUGCUACUAUGUUUUCACCAACUCAGAUAGCAGAGGACGCCGAUAUGAAUCUGUCGUUGGCUAUCAAUAACGGUAUGUAUAUGUGUAUGCCGUUAUAUAGCCACGAUGUCACCGAAGGAAUGCCUGCUCUAGUUUUAUCCUUACAAAAAUCGAAUUUGUCUGUUCUUGUGAAAAAGGAACUGACUUGCAAGGCUUCAUUCAAUGGAUUCAAGUGCUCGUUUAUUGACGAUUUUGAUGAACAAGCUCUAACUCAGAGUUUUCUUGAUGCUGCUCACAGUGAUCAAUCGAAUUGUAUAUUUUUCCCUGAAGGAACUUAUCAACUAUGUUCGAAGGCCGAAGCUUCUAAUGGACCGGCAAAAUGGGUGUUAAGUGUGUUUGCUGAAAUGCAAGGAGUUGAAAUUGAUUUGGAUACUCGUAUUGGAAAAUUGGCAAAACUUCUAGUUAACACAUUCUCCAUGAUAGGAAAAGAUGAUGACGAUGAUAUGUCUUUAUGGGGAGAUCAGCGAGAAUUGGAUUCAGAUGAAGAAAAAGUAGAAGGCGCUUCCGAGUUGAAGAAAUUGAAAGCAGGAGAAAAAGUUCCAUGGAUGGAAAACAAAAUGCACGAGCAUUCGAGAGCAGUGUUCGAAUUAGCAUCUCGAGGAGUUUCUACGAAAUUGAUUGAAGCUGAAAAGCAUAAACUCCGGCAAUAUGAGUUGAUUAGAUUCAAGGCUUUCCGACGAAAUAUGGUUGAGAAAUUCAGAAGAGGAACAAAUGCCAGCAGGCAACAUACGGAAACGCCUCCACCGCCUAAUCGUGCUGGAUCUAAUUCUAGACGGAACUCAUCAGCUAAACCAACAGUUUUGACAACCUUAAAGGAGGAUGCAACGCAAGAAAUCACACCUUCAGACAGCGAAACUGUGAAUUUCAACUUAGACGUUAAAGUGAAUAUUGAAUCUGGAACGUGCACAGUACGGACAGGGAGAAAGGAAGGUUCAAUGCAGUUAGGUUUGCCUGGAAUAAGAGAACCAUUGAAGCGAUUGAACUUGGGAGCGAAGGAUAUCAAAGCAAUGUUUGAACCACAGAUCAUCACUACAACAACUUUCAGUAUUCCGAGUGUGGAAAUCAAAGCUUACCACGUUUCUGAUCCAUCCAGUCGAACUGCAAACCAAUUCAGUCAUGGUGGCAACGAAAAAAUAUCGAAACCUUCAGCUCGAGAUGCAGAUAAACUGCACCGAGAUUUAAACAACAAAUCAAGGUUCGGUAACACUCACAUUAGUGGAGAAAAACCACCUGCUCUGUCCUCGAAACGUGGAUGUUUCUAUAUUUUCGUCGGAUUGGCUUCUAUGCCUAAUGAGACUGUUGUAACUCCUCAUCUGGCCACUUAUCUCGAACAAGUUCUGGAACCACUCCCACCUUCUGCAGUGUUCCAAUCUCAAAAUAACACAAGAGAAGCAUCUGUAGUUGAUGAUGGAAAAGGAGAAGCUAGCAAUGAAGUUCACAACAUUGUCGCAAUGGACACUGCAGCAUUUCCAAUUGACUUCGUAUUCUAUUUAGAUGUGCAAAGUUCAUCAAUUCGUUUUGAUGGAAAACAACCAACUUCACGAAGUCAGACACAAGCGGAUUGUGUUCUGACACUACCACGACUCACAUUGGAAUUGACAUCAAAACGUACUAAAGACAAUAUUGACAAUUAUGUCGGCGGAAUCCACAUUUCUGGACAGUUCAAAGGUUUCAUGUUGAAGAUUUUCAAUCCACUCGAACCGGAGCUUGAUACAUCAAGAGCUCUCCAGCUCUCGUUGGAUCUUCUUUCAUUUGUAAUCUCGAGAAACAAAAAUUCCUCAACUGAACCAGACAAUCGUGUUCGAUUCGUGUUUUCAUCACAAAUCAGCAAAGCUUCAUUUGAGUACAAUUUCCGACGUCUUGGAGAGCUUAUUCAGUUCCCAAAACCAUGGUAUCGAGCUGCGAUUGCAAGACGUGUUUUCUUCGGAGAUCAGGCUGCACCCCGACCAAGAGAUGAUGCAAGUGACAUAACAGGAACAACUAGAAGCCGCUUCCCAACAGACCCGAGGAGUUUACAUCCACCUGCGAGUACGGCUAGCACCGGUUCUGGGAGUAACAUUCCACAUCAGAAAAAACCAUGGACAGCAUUGGUACUAGCAGCAAUCCAAUGGAAUGAAUUUGAAGUAACUGCGCACAUGUCAAACACUAUGGGGAAAACAACAUGGAAAGCCACAAAAGGACUGCUAUGGGGCGAUGCGAAGCUAAAUUCGUUGAACGAACGAGAUGUCAGCAUUUCGUUUGUACUCGGCUCUAGCGAAUUGUGUGCGAGAGAUGGAGCUAUCAGUGGAAUUGUCAAAUUGAAUAACUUGAAAAUAUCUGCUGAUCAUUCAUUAUCAGCUGAUGUGAAACGGAAACCCAGAAACAAAGCAAAAAUUCGACUUGAUUGGAUCACAGCAAACAUCGAGUGGAUGAGUCGACGAGUAUUGAUUGCUAAAUGGAGUGGACCUUGUGUUCGAGUGGAAGACUAUUAUAAAGGAGUUCAAGAGAACGAUCAGAUGGUACUAUGUAACCUGGGAAUGGAAGUGAAGUCAGCAUGGGAUGAUUUACAAGUAGUUAUUACCAAGACUACGGUAGACGACAUUGCUGCUAUUGUGAAUCGUUUGAUUUCCUUUUUUGAUGAACAACUCAAAAACUCACGUAUUCUUCUCGGAAACUUCAACGCUACUACGAAUUCGAAGAAGCAACCUCUGAUUCCAGCUGAAACCAGGAAACCAACAACUCAUUUCUGGGAGAAAGUUUUAGAUUAUAUGUCUGAAAUGCAAAUAAAUGAGCAGCUGAUGGGAUUGAUGGAACGGGAAGGUGCAAAAGUAGGAGGACACAUGGAGCUGAAAGCGAAAGGGAUCUCUUUGGUGCUAAUGAAAGGAGACAUGAACUCAGACACGUGGGCAGUAUUCCAUCUCCGGGACGCUUGUAUUGAAUUCGAUCCAGAGGCACGGAUGAACUUUUUGGAUAAUACUGCCCAACAAAAAAUUGGAAUUCUUCUCAAGCAGACGUUUUGUCUGAAGCUUGGAUCGCGGGAUGGAAAUCAGUCUGAAAAUCGAGCGAAUGUGUGUAGAGUUCAAACCCGAUUCAACAACUCAAGCCACUUGCAAAAAACAGAUGAAAUUUUGGAAUUUUUCAUAGGAGACGUGAUGAAAACAAUUGGAUCAGGACAGACUGAGAAGAAGAAGAAGAAUGAAGUUGGACCAGUUCAGUCUCCGAAUUCGGAAAAUGAGAACACUGCAAAAUCGCCGACAUCAAUGAGCUCGUUUGGUAGAUUCAGGUCUCCCGCAUCUUCGAAGACUAAACAAUCGGGAACUGCAACAAAUCACAAUGUUAUGGAGUUGUUCCAAUUCCCCGGCUUGGAAGCGACAAUGACAUCUCACCAAUUGAAUGGUGUCGAUGAUGGAGAUAAGUACGAGACAGUGUUCCAGGAACCAAUGGAAGUUUCAACAACAUUUGUUUGCGACUUCUUCAGUGAGGUAGCCAUCGAAACAAACUUCAAUGCUCAAGUCUCAUUUCUACCCGAGCUUCUCAAAAGCUAUAUAAAAGAGUCUCAUAAUUCCUCUUCAUCAUCUCAUUCUACUCACUCGUCUCCUGCCGUAUCUUCCAGCAAAGAAUCUAUCACAUCUGAAACGAGCAAAGACCUUCGAACAUUUAUUUGUAAAGAAUGGAAGGUGGAACCAAAAGUUCGAUUUAUCGAUCGGAUCAAGUGGACGCCUCCUGUUGUAGAUGAAAUUUUGAAGAAACUUCAAAUAUUCGACCAUCGUAACACUAUUCCAAAAGUCAUUCAGCGAGCUGUGCUCGAUCCACUUGAUGCAACUCUUGCCUCUUCAGUUAUUGCAACUUUACAAAUAGUUGAUAAUAAAAAGACUAUUCAAAAGUUCAAAAAGAGUCGAACUGAUUCGAUUGCACCGACUCCAAAGAGACGAGACAGCCGUCGUUCCAGCAGCGAAGAAGUCUCUGUUCAAAUAGACAUUCCAGACAUUAUGGCCAAAAUAUACAAUGCUUCUUCUUCUUCUUCGAAUUCUAAAUCAAAUUAA